UUGGUUUUUUGAAGGAUUUUGGCCCUACAGUUUGGAGAUAUGUCAAGUAUCAGAUAUAUCACAACAAUUAUGUGAGUGAAUUCCAAACAAUGCGAGGGCGGUUGGAGGACCGAGUAGCUGACGUUGACACAAACUUGAUGACACAGCUUGGGCAGCCUGGAAAGAUUACAAAAAAGGAAGUUGAAACUUGGCUAGAGAAUGCACGCCAAGAAAUUGCUGAAAAGGUGAUUGAUGAUCUGAUCUGCAAAGGGGGUUGUUUCACAUAUAUUUGCUCAUCAAGAAAGCUCGAUAAAGAGACCCAAGCACUGGAAGUGGGGAUACUUAAGCGAGGGGAAAAAUAUGCUAAUACUGGUGAGAUUUUGGUCAUGGAUGAUCACUCAAUCCAGUAUUGUGCAAGGGUAUUUGAAGAUAAGCAAAAGGAGGUGAAGCAAGAAAAGGAAAAAAUUGAGGCAGAUUUGAAGACUCAGCUUGGGCAACCUGGAAAGAUUGCUUGGAACAAAGUCGAAGACUGGCUGAAGAAAGCAAGCCAACAAGUUACCACGAAGAUUGAAGGUCUGAUCAGCCAAGGGGAGUGUUCCUCAUCAACCAACAUCGAAGAAAAGAUUGAAGAAUUGAAGCAAACACUUGAGGAAGGAAAAGAAUUCACUAAUGUUGGUGUGAGUUUGGUCAUAAAUGAUCACUCAAAAAAAGGAGUUACAAUGCUUGCUGAAAAAUGCAUUGCACGGGAUGAUGUACAAGAAGAAAUUCUGCAACUAUUGAGGGGAGACAAGGUUACAAGAAUUGCAGUUUGUGGAAUGGGUGGCGUGGGCAAGACAACAAUCAUGAAGCAAGUCCACAUCCAACUAUUGAAAGAACCCAAAUUUAAUAAAGUUAUUUGGGUUAAAGUAUCAAAGGACUUUAAUAUGGUUGUCCAACAAAAAACACAGUUUGAUAUUCUCAAGUUUCAGAAGAGCAUUGCAAGAAGAUUGGGAUUAGAUUUGAAGAAUGUAGAUCAAGAUGCAAUAGAGCUUGCAGGACUGAUAUCAGAUACAUUGCAACAGGGUAGUCAUGUCUUAAUUCUAGAUGAUGUGUGGGAGCCUUUUUCUUUAGAAGAUGUUGGAAUCCCUGAUCUAGUUGGAAAUAAUGGUUGCAAGUUCGUGCUAACGACACGGUUACAACAAGAGGUUGGUCGUGCAAUGGAGUGUAAGGUGAUCUAUGUGAAGCCUCUUCCAGAUGAUGAAGCUUUAGCAUUAUUCUUGGACAAAGUUGGAAGUGAGGUGGUGUCCUAUCUCAGAUACAAAACUGAUAUAGAACCUUUUUUGAAUCAAAUUUUGAAGAAAUGUAAUGGUCUACCCCUUGCUAUUGGGGUGGUGGCAAAAACCAUGAGAGGAAAUUCUGAUCGUUGCUCAUGGGAGAUGGCAGAUAAAGAAUUGAGCAAAUCUGAAGAAAUUGUUGAUCGUUUGAAAUUCAGUUAUGAUCACUUAAAAGAACAAUACAAGAAGUGUUUUUUAUACUGUGCAUUGUAUCUUGAGGAUCAUGAAAUCCGAAAAGAGGAGUUGAUUGAGUUUUGGAUUGAUGAGGGAUUUAUUAUAGAUGAAAGGGGGUCUCGGCACUUAAUGAUUUGUGAGGGCCAUUAUAUUAUUCAGAAGUUGAUAGACAAUUGCAUGUUGGAACCAGUUAAAGAAGAAUACAAAAGUUAUGGGAGGAAAGCAACUGGAGUUCUUAGAAUCGAAAACAAAGAAUAUAUGGUGAGUAUGCAUGAUCUUCUUCGAGAAAUGGCAUUGAAGAUUGUUCAUCCUCAAUUCAUGGUGAAAGCUGGCAUGGCCUUGGAAGAGCUACCAGAGGAGGAUGAAUGGAGAGAAGAUCUUUUGAAGGUUUCUUUAAUGAAUAAUAACAUUAGAGAAAUUCCUUCAAGUAUGCUGUCUCCCAAGUGUCCAAUGCUCACAACCUUGUUGUUGUCCAAUAACAAUAUUACAACAAUUCCAAAUGCCUUUUUUGAUCAUAUGCCUGGGCUGAAGAUCCUUGAUCUUUCUAGCAAUCACAAGCUAGAUGGGCUGCCGAGUUCUGUUUCCAAAUUAGAGAAUCUUACCACACUACUGUUGGAGAAUUGUAAGUUCUUAAAAGAGGCACCAUCUUUAUCCAACCUUGGAGGCUUAAAAAAGUUAAACCUUUAUGGGACAUCAAUUGAAGAACUACCCCAAGGCCUCUGCAUGUUAACCAAUCUAAAAUAUCUUUGGCUUGAUGGAAAGUUUUCUGAUAUACCUGACGGAUUGCUACAAAAUCUCUCCAAACUUCAGUAUUUAGGAGUAGAUUGGAGUAUACCAUUGAAAUGGGAGAAGAUUGAAAGAUUGAGGAAGUUGGAAUUUCUUGAUUGCCGGUUCUCUACGUUGAAUGAUAUAAGCCUCUUUGUCAAGUCUGAAAGAAAGUUUUUAAAUCAAUACAAAAUUUUGGUUGGCAACUACCAUGCACUUGAUUUUUACAUCUAUACCAAAACCUUUUCAAACGUUAUGAGAUCAAUUGUAUGCAGUCAUAUUGAUAUAUGUGAGGAGCCUAACUGGUUACCAUCUGAUGCACGAGGCCUCUACAUCUUGGACUGCAAGGAUGUGAGAAGCUUGGACGACAUUUCUGGCUUUCAAGAAACAACCGACUUGCGGCACUGCAUCGUUAAUCAAUGUGAUGGGCUGGAGUUUGUUGUUUCCUUGCGCUGCCUAAAGCCGCUCCAAAGCCUUGAGUCGCUAUACCUUUAUGGUCUGGGAAAAUUGAAUGUAGUGUUUGGGGAAGUAGGAGCAGUUACCAAGUCAACAUUGCUGCUAGCUGGCACUUUUUCUUCCCUUCAAAAAAUUAAAGUUCAGGGAUGUGGAAAAAUAAAGAAGUUAUUGCCACUAAGGUUGUUGCGGUAUCUCCAGAAUCUACAGACCAUUAAGGUUAUAGCUUGUGAUCAAAUGGAGGAGAUAAUAUGGUCUGAAUAUGAAGAAGGAGAAAAAGCCCUAGAAAAACUCACUCUACCCAAGUUAGAAAGGGUGACAAUGGUGGAAUUGCCUGCAUUGAAGAGCAUCUACAGUGGCUCUACUACUGUCUUGAUCUGUGAUUCCCUCAAAAGGAUUGAAAUUGUGCAGUGCCAAGAAAUAGAGAGUGUUUUUUGGACGGGGUUUAACCCACUUCCAACCUUUGAGCAUCUAGACCUUUGGGACUUAAAGAAUCUGAAAUCCGUGUUUGAUGAAGAAGUUCUUGGUUUAUCGGCCUGUCCCACCAACUUUAAAACAAUUCAUGUGUUUAAUUGCCCUAACUUAAAGAAAGUAUUCUCAUCUGGAUGGCUGCUUGGCUACUUCCAAUCUCUAGAGACUAUUCGAGUUGAUUCCUGUGACCAAAUGGAGGAGCUGAUAUCAUCAUCAACCUAUGAAGAAAAAGAAGCCCUAGAAAAAAUCACUCUACCCAACUUACAAAGGUUGGAAUUGAAUGAAUUGCCCAAAUUGAAGAGCAUCUGUAGCAGUUCCAAUGUGGUGAUUUGUGAUUCCAUCAACAGUCUGUUGAUUUGCUACUGUAAGAAGCUAAAGAGGGUUCUUCUGCAUCUUUCCUCGCUUGACAAUGGCCAGCCUUCUUCCCUCAAAGAAAUUAAGGUAGACACAAAAGAAAGCUGGGAAUCAUUGGAAUGGAACCAAUCCAAUGCAAAGGAUGUCCUUCGACGUUUUGUAAAUUUUCACUGUGAUAGCAACACUGACAUUGAAGAAGAAGAAGAAGGAAUGUCUGAUGACAACAACAAUGAUGAUGAAGAAGAAGAAGAAGAAUCUCUUAGGAUGGGAUAAGAAGCAAAGGAGUGCAGGCUCUUUGGUGAUUGGGCGGUGCAAAUGUAAGCCUUUUUAGCUUCAAUUUUCCAUUUCUGAUUUUGAUUCUGAUUCAACUCAAUAGGAGUUUUCAUUUUGUAUGCUUUCCUUCUUCGUUUCUAUCUCGACAAAUCUCUCUCCCUCUCACUCUUGUCUUUUCUUUUUAAUAUCUUUUAGUUCUUCUCCCCAUUGGCAGCAAAGCCGGAGUUGGACUCUGUUACCAUAAGAAAGCUGGAGUUGGACUCUAUUACCACAAAAAAGCUGGAGGAAAUCACAUUUGCUUCCACCUAUUAUUGUUGUUGGGUUUUCAAUUUAAUAUAGAUACACUUGCUAUUUUUUGUUUUUCUUCUUCUUCUUCUUCUUCUUCUUCUUCUUUUUUGUGCUGUGUGUUUAAAUAUGUUCAAAUUCUAAGUGGAACUGUUUGUUUCUUAUCUGUGUAAUUUUGUCUUUCAAACUUGUGUGAGGAUCUAUCUUAUUUCCUUGGGUAUUUCUUUUGCUACAUCUGCGUCUUUGCUUUUCUUGUAAUAAACAUUUUUGGCUGAA